AUGAAUGUUAACAUAACUAGAAAUAUUUUGAGAUUUAGAACAGUUAACAUAAAUUUACGAAGAUUUAAAUCUUCAGAAACAAAAGUGGUGACUUAUGAUCCCUUUGUCAAUAAACCUAAGAAGACGAAACAGACUUAUUUGGAGGUUAUAAAAAUGUUCGAAGAUCAGGACACUAGACGAAGGGGUCAUGUUGAAUUUAUUUAUGCUGCUUUAUCCCGAAUGAACGAAUUUGGUGUCCAAAAAGAUUUAGAAGUGUACAAAGCUUUAGUUGAUGUUUUACCAAAAGGAAAAUUUAUUCCUGUCAAUAUAUUUCAAGCUGAAUUUCUUCAUUAUCCUAAACAGCAGCAAUGUGCUGUAGAUUUAUUAGAACAAAUGGAAAAUAAUGGUGUAAUGCCGGACUCUGAACUAGAACAGAUGUUAUUAAACAUUUUUGGUCGUAGAGGAAUACCAUUAAGAAAGUACUGGAGAAUGAUGUACUGGAUGCCAAAAUUUAAGAAUUUGUCCCCAUGGGCAUUACCGGAUACACUCCCUGACAAUACAUUAGAAUUAGCAAAUCUAGCGAUUCAGAGAAUAACUUCUGUGGACCCAGACACUAAAAUAGAUGUGUGGCAGACAGAAGAAAUAGAAGCCUCGAUAGACAAGACAUGGAUUGUAAGCGCCCAGAGCAGAAUACAAAAAGUUCUUUUAGCAGAACAACCUCCAGAUAUCCCUCUGGUGAUAAAAGGACCCUUUAAUGUCUAUCUACGGGACCAAGUAGUUACAUACUUCCUUCUAUUGGGAAAAACAAGACCGGAAUAUCAAGAUAAUACUGAUACAGAUGAUGUAUCUAAAAUCCAAAAACCAAUUGGUAUACCGGGUGUUAUAGGUAAAGUGACAUUACCACAAGUAAAAUGUACAGUACAUGAACAAGAUGAUGGAACUAUAGUAGCUGUAUGCGCAACUGGAACUUCGUCAAGAGAUUCCUUAUUAUCGUGGAUAAGAUUGUUGGAGAAACAUGAUAAUCCUGCAUUAGCAAAUAUACCUGUGAUAUUCACACUAAUAGCACCCCCCGCUGAUGUAUCACUGUAUGAAACGGACAUUGUUAAAAAUGAAAAUAAAUAA